CCGCCGCCCAUCUUGCGCUCGCGUCGCUGCGCUCGUCUCGCCCGCGCUCGGCCACCACCGCGAGGCAGCUCGGAGGCCGCCCGCUACGCCUGGCCGCCGGCCCGCCCCCGUCGCGGCGCCGCACCCGGCCACCGCCGUGCUGCACCCGGUCGCCGCCACCCCGCGAGGGAGGAGGCCGGCCCCGCGUCGAACCCGGCCGCCGCCGCGCCGCAUCCGGCCGCUGGCUGCGGCGCUUGGCCAUCGGGCGCCUGCUGUGGGAGGCAGACUGGAGGCCAGCAGACCUGUCGCCGCCGUGACCAGGCUGUCCCUCCAGCCACCCAACUAACCCCCUUUGCUAGGGCUUCCCCAGUUGCCGCUCGCCGGAGCCGGUGAUACCCUGCGCCGAUCGGUUCAGCGUUUCCCCAAUUAGAGUGGCGAGCGAUCGGACCGCGAGAUUCCCCAGCUCUCUUAAGCUCCGGCGCUUGAUUAGUCCCUGAUUUUUGGUUGCGGGUACUGGGUUCGUGCAAGGGCGCGCUCGUAGCCGCCUUCUGCGUGCCGAAGCUCAAUCGCGAUGUUCCCAUGGGAAAUGGAGGUUGAUGGAGAAUCGAGUGGAGCACCGGGGAAGAUGGAUGAUCCGACUGUUUUGCAGGAAAAUUAUGCAUUCAAGAACGAAAGUUGUGGCAUUUGUGGAGACAUCGUCAUCGAUAGAGGAGUCUUGGAUUGUUGCCAACACUGGUAGGGCUUCAGUUGUAGAUUUAUAGUUUCUAGGAUUUGAUUCAUCACCUCUCAUGCAUAUUCCAUCAAGGUCACUUGGGAAUUUCCUUGGAAUAUAUAUUAUUGGGAAGAUAUUAAUGAGGCAAGGAAAUUUGUAUAUUAGAUAGUUCCAAUAUCCAAGCUAAGCUUGUCAGUACAAACGUCAACUAAAAGCAAUGAAAUGGCGAGAGGGGAAAAGCAAAGACUCUACUCACCCACUACCGGACUCUUUGACAGGCUUUCUCGAACGGCAUCCUUUUCUUUUCUCAUUUGAAUGAUGGGGUUGUCGAACAUCGAUGAAUUGUUCGCUUGAACGAACAAAGAGCUUCAAGAGGUAAUCGAAGAACUAUCGAUGAAAUAUAGAUGAACAAAGCCUAUUUAGAAAAGUGAAAAAAUGAAUUCGUAUGAGUGGCCUUCCUUCGGCUAAAGAUUAUAUCCUCCUUAUGGACGCCGAAGAAGAAGAACAUUUGGUAAUGGAUUGGAUACGUAUUGCUUUUUGGCAGCAUCUAUGUAUUCUCAUGACUCUUUCUUUAAUGCUGCCGGGCAGUAAGAGCUGCAAGGCGCGGAGCACAGUUCUUUAUCACCAUCCAGUUCAUCUUCAUUUGAUCCUACAUUGUCUGUGGUUUUAAUCCACCUGACCACCACUCCAGUAUUACUUGCUCAUUUCAAUUCCUUUUCUUGCCUGUUACAUUUGAAGUCAAGUGCUUUGGUUCUAAAUUGAUGUCCCUAUUAUAUGCUAGAGUUGCAUCCUCUUAUUUUGGAUUAGUAGCCAUUCAUUCUGUUCUCUCAGCACUUAAUCUAUGUAUCACAAGGGAUCUUAGAAAAGAACUUGCAGCUCAGCAUAACUACCGAAUAUAGUAAUUAUUUUUCAAAGAUUGAUAUGAAGAUUCCUUUAAACAGUAAUGUGAUGCAUAGAAAUCUGAAUUUCCAAAUACCAGGUUUUGCUAUACAUGCAUUGACAACUGGGCUGCCAUCACAAAUCGCUGCCCCCUUUGCAAAAGUGAAUUUCAACAUAUAACAAGCACUCCAGUAAGUAUCGGGUAUAUGGUGCGAUUGGAGCUGUUGAUGAAGAUGAAUACUCUUUAACCAGCUGUGAUGAUGAUUGGUAUGUGCAAGAGGAAAGCAGCACACUUUCCUUCCCAUCGUACUAUAUUGAUGCCGAAGCAGUAGUUUGUUUGGAUGAUGGUGAUUGCAAGAUUCGGAGUGGACUUGUGGCAGCUGAAGAUGAUGCAACUUUAGAUACAUCAAUUGCUUGUGACUCCUGUGAUAAAUGGUAUCAUGCUAUUUGUGUGGGGUUCAAUCCAGAAGUGACUUCUGAAAAUUCAUGGCUGUGCCCAAGGUGCGUGUCUUCUGAAGUGAAACACACGGCAGAUGUUAUCUUGAAGCAAAACUUAAGUGAGGAAUGUGUAAUUGGUUCUGAUAGGACAAGUACUGAUGCAUCAUUUUCUGGGAGGGUCUCUGUAUCUGUUGCUGAUGAGGGAGAAACUGCCCUUGUUGUAUCAAUGGUGGGUGUACAGUAUGAAACUAGGAGUGAUCUAUCAGAAGGUUCACUAGGCUUGAAGACAACACAUGAAGCAUUUGACUACAGUCCAUAUUCAAGCCAUUCCAGAGAUGCUUUUACACAUAAUACUGCAGCAGAUUCUAGUAGCCUGAGGAACACAGAUAGUUUCAGUAGAUCCCAGAAUAGAUCUUCAGAAAUGAAUAUUGUUCGCACUCUUUACUCUGAAUCAACAGAAAUGCCAUUACAGUUUUCACCAAUACGUGAGUCAGCAGUAACCAUAAGCGCAGAGCAGAGUAACAUGUCAAAUGAACAGUUGGAUGUACCAAAGCUUGUGUCUUGUCCAGUUAGAGGCAACAGUAAGGAGGCUACAAAUACUGGAGAUGAUAAUGCAGCGCAAAGAAGCAAUGAUGAAAGACCUCCUGUGGUCAAAUCUCCACAACCUUCCUUGCCAGAUGCAGUUCAGCAGAUGAAAACUGCUCAGAACAUGCAGUCGCCACUCAGGCAUGAUGGACAUGAGAGCAACAGCAUGAAAGAAGAGAAAGACUUGGAAUCAGGAAGUGAAGUGAGCCACCCCGCGAAGAAAGCAAAAUUGGAAGUGCAUGAGCAGGAUAUGAAUCUAACUGGAAACUCAGUUUUUUCUUCAACACACAGUCAUACUACUAAUUCUGCAAAAGAUAAUGUUGAUGAUAUGUCAGAGUUUCUUGCACAACAUAAAUCUGUUCCUGAUAUAAUGAGUAUUGUUGAAGGUGAGACCUACAUAAGGGAUCCUGGUAGAGAGCUGGCGAAACCUGUAGGACGAAGAGCAGGAGAUAAGUCUGGUCUUAGAGUGAAAAAGAUCUUAAGAAAGGAAGAGGGAAAACAAUCAUCUGCUAUGGUUCAAAAGCUACAGAAAGAGAUCAGGGAAGUAGUUAGAGAUACAGGCACUAAUAUAAUCGAGAAGGAUGGAUCUUUUGAUGAAAAACUGUUAACUGCGUUCCGUGCAGCUAUUGGAAAGUCAGUGGAUGGAACAGCAAAAAAUACCAACCAAUUAAUUAGAACAAGGAGGUCAUUGCUUCAGAAGGGCAAUAAACGUGAGAACCUGACUAAAAAGUUGUAUGGAACAUCCACAGGAAGAAGAAGAAGUGAUUGGCAUCGUGAUUGGGAAGUUGAAUUUUGGAAAUACCGUUGCUCCCCAGGAACGAAUCCUGAAAAGAUCGAGACGCUGCAAUCAGUACUUCAGCUACUCAAGAGAUCCUCUGAAAUGGACAAGGAAAGUGCUCAGGGGAAAAGGGGAGAGAGUAACAAUUCCAUUUUGUCCAGGUUGUAUUUAGCUGAUGCAUCAGUUGUUCCAAGGAAAGAUGAUAUAAGACCUCUCUCUGCCCUUGAAGGAUGUGCACCAUUAGAUAAAAGUAGCCAAAUCAAAGCUAAUAAUAGCAAAUCUCCUAACAUAUCUGCAGCAGAGAUUGAUGCAACUAAAAUCAGUUCACCCAGCAGCACUGGAAAAAUACCAAGUUCUUCAACUCUAAAUAAGGAAGCAUCAAUCAGAAGAGAAAAUAGAAACAGUCAGCCUUCCCUGGAUAAGAAAAAUCGUUCUUCUGGUGAUAUCAAGGAGGACAAGAGAAAAUGGGCUCUUGAGAUCCUGGCAAGAAAAAAUGCCAGCUCUGUUACAAGCAAAGACCAAACUGGAGACAAUGAUGCUCUCAAGGGAAACUUCCCUCUACUAGCACAACUUCCGGUGGAUAUGAGGCCAAAGCUUGCAGCUGGCCGCAAUAACAAAGUUCCCAUAUCAGUUAGACAGGCACAACUUCACCGCAUCGCUGAGCACUAUUUGCAGAAAGCAAAUUUGGAUGUCAUCCGCAGAUGUGCAGAUACUGAAUUGGCCAUUGCUGAUGCUGUCAAUGUUGAGAAGGAUAUUUAUGGAAGGUCAAGUAGCAAAUCCAUAUAUGUGAGUCUUUGCUCUCAGGCUAGUCGUCAGCCUGCCAAGGAAAAAUCUGAUAAGGACACUUCAACUCUAACCAAAAAGACUGAAUUAGGCAGUGAUCUGAUAUUACAGAAAGUUACAUCUGAGAAUACCAAUAUUAGCAGCAGUGAUAUGGAAGAUGCUGUACAUAGAGUAGUUGUCUCUGAUCAAGAAAGUGAACUGGGCAAUGAUAUUGCAUCAGAGCAAACUGUGCCCGAGCACACUAUUAGCUUCAGCAGCGCAGAAGAAGCACUAAGAAAAGCGGGCCUCUUUGAUUCCCCUCCUAACAGCCCUGAGAGAGAGAUCACAUCCGUUGAAGGAGAAUGCAGACUAGAGGAACAGAGCAAAAACUUGCAGUCACUGAAAGAUGACAUAUCAUCACUGCCUAAUGAUUUUGAUGCUGCAAUCUGCGAAAACCUCAAUACUGUGUCGUGUCAGCAACCGCAACCUAAUUCUGGGGAGCAACAGAAGUUGGCAGCUCGGGGAGAUGCUGAGAAGGACGUGACAGCAAACAAAACCAAUGCAAUGAACUUGGCUGAAACUGAUGGGUGCAGUGAGCAAUGUGAAAAAUCAAGUGGACCAGGUAGUGGAAUUUCAGUUGAUCGCAACAUGCCUGAUAAAGUUGCUGGGAAUGUGGAGACCUCGAGAGAUGUGGAAAAAGCAGCUAGCAGUUUGCCUAAUCAACCUCAAGAGGAUGGCUUGCCAAUAGAUGGUGAAGUGAUCAGAAAUCCAAAGAAUUUAGAACCCACUAAAGAGAAAUCUUCCAGUGUCAAACCAUCACUAAACAGCAAACAUCCAAAAGGAGACAAACCAACCCAUAUAGCUGAAGGUGGAGAUGAUCCAAAGAAGCAAGCACCUGAUCCAGCCAGUAAUAACACACCAGAUGGCUCAAGUUCUACAUAUAAGAAGGUUGAAAUGUUCGUGAAAGAGCACAUCAGGCCACUCUGCAAGAGUGGUGUGAUCACCGUUGAUCAGUAUAGGUGGUCUGUCGCGAAAACAACAGACAAGGUAAUGAACUUCCACCGCGACGCAAAGAACGCGAGCUUUUUGAUCAAGGAGGGUGACAAGGUGAAAAAGCUUGCGCUGCAGUACGUUGAGGCUGCUCAGCAGAAGAUUAAAUCAGACUCUGCCUGAUUUUGUAAAUGCAACUACGAAGUAAAACCGCAAUUCAUCCAUACAUGAAGUCCAUGCGGCAAAUUGGCAGCUCCUCUCGGAGUACCAAUCCUUCUGAGGGUCUGCUUGGAGACUAGUGCAAAUGCACAGAAGUACUAAACUUUAGCAUUAGCACCUCCAAACAGGAGUGCUAAAGUUUAGAAAACUUCAGAUAUAUGGAUAUGGGCAAAACAUUAGAUGGGGCGAAGGAGCUAAUAGGUGCUAAUAGGUUCCCAUUAGCAUGUGAUUAGCACAUGGCUCCAAACAGGAUAGUGCUAAAGUUUAGCUGGCUAAAUUUUAUCCACCUAAACUUUAGCACUUGAAAUUAGCUCCCGAAACGCAUGGGGGGCAUUCAUGGCUAUGUCUAUGUGUCAUCCUUCCUGUUACUUCUGUACAUCUGAGACCCGAAAAACAGUUCAGAACUGCAUUUUGCCACGCACAAAGUGUUUCGGGUUCA